AUUCUACAUUUAUCACUAUUUCAGGUUAAAACGAAGAACAAAUAGCUUGCGCAUGUGCCCUUGACAGACACAAAACAUGCGUUAUUUCGACUUAUCUAUUUGACAGAACUAGUAAAACAUACAUGGGACUCUGAUAGGAGAAUAACUAAUAUUUGCGUUCUCUUUCUUUUUGCUGAGUAGGAGAAGAAUAAUGAAUGAAAAAGUACAAUUAAACAGCGCCAAAUCGGAAGAGAAGAAAAUACCAUACGAUAUUGUAGCAUAUACUAGAAACGAAAAUGAUAUUUUUUAUUCCAUUGAUGAUGCCGUUAAUCGUGCUGGGUAUGGAAAAUUCCAGAUACGUUUACUUAUGCUGGCUGGCCUUGGAUGGUUUGCAGACGCUGCGGAAACCUUCAUUUUAGCAAUGAUAGGAGACUUUAUUGCUUGUGACUGGGAAUUGCAUAGGUGGCAGGUUGCUCUCUUAACAUCAGUAGUAUUUGCUGGUAUAAUGAUAGGAAGCCCGAUUUUAGGUACAGUAGCUGACGUGUAUGGGAGGAAAAUGGCACUUACAGUGUCAGUUGUUCUGCUGUUCUCUUUUGGUGCCAUAAGUGCUGCUUCCCCUAAUUACACCUGGAUGGUUGUUUUUCGGACAUGCAUGGGAUUUGCUCUUGCCGGUGUCGGACAAGGUUUGACACUUUGCAGUGAGUACUGCCCACCAAAUAUGAGAGGAAGGGCUGGUUUCUACUUGUGUUAUUUUUGGUCGUUGGGAAGCGUAGGUGUGAUAUUCUUAGCCUGGAUAAUUAUGAAAUAUUUGAACAGUUGGAGGAUUCUACUUGUAUCCACAUCCGUGCCUGCCUUUCUAGUAAUUCUUUCCCUAAAAUGGUAUCCAGAAAGUGCAAGGUAUUAUUUAGUGAGCAACCAGUAUAAAAAAGCAACAGAUAUUCUUCAAAAAAUGGCUGAUACAAACGGCGUUGAGUUACCACCUGGAAAAUUAGUGGAAGUCACAACAAGUUACAGAAGAGGUAGAAUCAAAGAUCUGUUAGGAAAAGAAUACAGACUUACAACUCUCUUGAUUUGGUAUAUAUGGCUUGCCUCUGCAUUUGCAUACUAUGGAAUCGCAUUAGUGAGUCCCAUAAUAGUACAAAAGGGAAAUUUGAUAGUGGAUAAAAAUAGUACCGAAAGUCUUGCUGAUGAUAUGAAUUCUUUAGUACCUUGUGCGAAAUUUUCUCAACAGUUUUACAUAGAUUUACUGUGGACAACAGCUGCAGAAUUUCCUGGUAUUAUAAUCUUCACACUGUUAGUGGAGUGUAUGAGUCGCAAAGCUCUUUUAUGUGGGUCUUGUAUCAUCAGUUCAGUGUUAGUACUCCUACUGUUACUUAGAACACACAAAAUCAUCAUACUUCUAGUCCUUUUUGGAGCAAGAGCUAUUUUAUUAGCCGUAUUUCAGUUGAUUUACAUUAUGACUACAGAACUUUUUCCGACAACGUUUAGAGCUUUAGCCAUGGGAACAGGCAGCUCGUUCUGCAGACUUGGAGGGAUUAUGGUUCCUUACGUUGCUCAGGUUCUAGUUAUUGAUAGUCCAAUCGCAGCCAUGUCUCUGCUGGCUGGAGUUAUAUUUCUAUCAGGGAUAGCUGCAUUAUUUUUGCCAUUUGAAACUAAAGGAAUGAAAAUGAAGGAUGUGUUGGUGGAGAAAUCCUGAUUUAAACUAACUUCAUGAUUAAAAAGAAAAGGAGUAACAUUCAUUUCCUAAUGUUGUAAAAACUACACUCACUCAUUGAUUCACAUUUCCUGCGAAUCAUAAACUCACAUUAGGUUAAUUAAAUUAGAUGUAUAAAAUUAAGGAAAUAUUCUUGUGAAGCAAUUUUAGGGUACAAGCGACUUUGUUUAGGAUUCUUAAUCUUAAAACAAAUUUUUAAAAUUAAAAAUUAGAAAACUAUUACGAAAAGGAAUUGUUCAUGGAACCGCUAUUUCAAAACAUUGUGUUUCUUUUCUUGCUUUAAGACUAUUAUUUUGAAGAAGUAGAAAAUAUUAUAAAGAAUAAUUUUAAGGAAUAAGAUAAGGUGGUGUUUUCGCGUACUUUAAGAAUACAUGGAAAUGUACAAUGUAUUUUCCAUGCAGACAUUGAGGAACACAGCUUUUUUCCGAUACAAUAAAAGGGUUAAGACAUUUAAAGAAUUUUGUUUGUUGAUCACUUAUUAAAAAUCAUCUGCGAAAGGUUUUUUAAAAAAUUAUCUCAUUGAACAUUCUCAUUUCCAAAUUAUCUCAAAAAUUAUCUCAUUUUCUCAUUGAGCUCAUUCUUAUUUCAACUUGUGUUUUACCUGCCAGAAAGAUGGACAAUAGCAAUUACUAAAUCACAAUUUUUAUGAAUAAUAUCAAACUGUAGGUAAAUUCUUAAUUUGCAUCUGAUAAUGUUUUGAUUGUCUUUUUAGCCUUUGGGUAUGCAAUAUUUACUCACUGGACUACACUGUUAGAAUUUUCAUCUUUAAAUUACCGUAAAAUAUCCACCGGCAACUGUCUGCCCAUCCAAUUAACUCUAAAUUUUAUGAUUAAGAACAUUCUUUACAUUUACGGUUUUGAAUCCGUUUACAACAGGCACUGUUAAAAAAACGUGAAUACAAAGCUACACGGUUUUGUAACCAUAUACACCUGGACUUACUAAACCAUAAAAAUACAACUUAAAUGGACAUUGGAGCUACGCUAUUUAUUCGUGAUUAAUAGUUUCGCAAUCUAAUGGUCUAGGAUCACUAAAUGAAGAGUGCAAGACACUAGAAGCUCUUAAUGUUUUAAAAGAUUGGAGGAAAUAUUGCGGUAUCAACGCUGGGAAUCAACCAGUCAUGAAAUUGACCGAUUAGCCCUCUUUGCUAAAGUAUGUACCCAGAAGCAAAAAACAAAAUGGCUUUAUAAGGUUGGCCUAGCUGGUGGGGUAUUUGUUGGCUGUCAGAAUACUGGUAGGUAAAAACAAUCAAUAAACGAUUUUUCUCACAUUUAACAGCUCGAAUAUCAUUUUUUUAUAGUUAUUUGACUGUCGUAGUUGAAUAUGGUGAAAUAACAAUUAAAUAAAUUACUAUUAAACCAUUUCAAUCGAAAAAUUUCCUUCAGUGUAUUUUAAUAAGUAUUCCUGAUUAAGGAUGAAAAAAUUUUAACUUUAUUUUGAAAUGUAGAUUGUAAGGACGUUAUUACUAGAAGAAAAAUAGCUUCUUUUUUUUCCUUUUAUGUCGAAAAUUAUUAGAGGUCCAAUAAAUCAGAAGCUAACGAGACCUAUGUGAUAAGAAAGGAAAUUAUAACAUAAAAGGUUGAAAUGUUGGCACUUUUUGUUGAUACAUUUUGUAGAGGUGUUUUCACUUUUUUAAAAGACAUAUUCUUUUGCUCAUUAUCCCCAUGUCUCUGAGGCUACAUCAUGAACAGAAAAAUAGUUAUAAUUAUCUAAAUAUAUACUGACGUCACAACACAUUUCUGUCAUUUAUUUGUUUACACUAAAUUAGCAUCAUGGCUUCACAAUAAGCCUUGCACCUAGUUCAGUAGUGUGCAAGGCUAAUUGUGUAAAUAUUUAGGAACUCCUGUGAGUGCCCAUUGUUGAAAAUUGCAAUUGUUAAUAGAUGGAACAUCUAUACGCAAUCAUUAAAUGGAGAACGUUUUCCUCUCACAAUCAUUCUUUGCAUAUCAUUUCUUAGUUGUUGCAGCAUAAGAAUUCCAAUUUUUCUCCAAUCUUAUUUAAAAAUUAGCAUCUUGUAUCAAUACAGAUAAUUCACGAACAACAAUCCUAUAAAACUUUGGUUUUAAAUAAAUAAACGAUAAACCUUAAAUUUUAAGAAUUAUUAGGCUCAUAUUCAACAAUUCACUUGAAGGAAGUAUUAUAUUUUUGGAAAUAGUCUCACGAGUGUAAUUUAAAAAGACAAUAAUAAUAUAUUUAUUUAUUAUAUGACAAUAACAUUUACUUAAUUAUCUUUGUGAUUAUUUAUUGAAAGGAACUGCUGUGCUUGUAAUCAAAAACUAUUCAAUAAAUAGAAUUUUUAUCCUAA